ACUAUAUAAACCUCCUUGCCCAUUCAAAACAAGAUCACCAAACUCAUUUGACAAAUUAAGUUCUUCUUUUAGUGUUCUACGCUAAGCUAGCACAAGUCAAGCACAGCUAGUACAGUUUUCAGUUCAUUUAUUCCGAGCUUCUACGUACCUUCAGGUGGGAAUUAAAAAUGAGCUGGGCAGGAGACUGGAUGUGCGGAGCAUGCCAGCACACGAACUUUAAAAAGCGCGAUGAGUGUCAACGUUGCGGGUACCCCAAGUAUGGCGGACCUGAUCCAUCAACAUAUGGAUGCAACCGGACGGAGGUCUUGGCCGGGGACUGGUACUGCAACUGUGGAGCUCACAACUAUGCCAGCAGACCCAAUUGCUAUAGGUGCAGCUCAAUGAAAACUGACUAUGGUGGUAGCAUGAUGCCUUCUGCAGGAGGCUAUGGUUCCGAUGCCAGCGCCCCACCUGGAUGGAAACCCGGCGACUGGAUGUGCAGUAGAGUUGGAUGUGGAGUGCACAAUUACGCGAGCCGAAUGGAAUGCUUCAAAUGCAAAACACCAAGAGAUUAUGGUCUGUAACAUGAUCUACUUGAUCAGGUGGUGCUGUUUAAGGAAAUGGAGCAUGUAAAGAAUUGGACUCUUAUGCACCGUCUCUUUUCGCAUUUGCACACAUCUGAUCCCACCUCAAGUGGGGUCUAUUUUUUUCCGAACUUUUCGUUUUUAGAGAUAAAUAAGGUUAGGUUGAUCCUGGUUGAAGGCACACUUUCACAGGGAUAGCCUUUCAACUGACAACUGUAUUAGAUGGACGGUUUUCUAGGUUUCUGUAGCAAAGUUGCUCUUCUAUGGAGCCCAGAAAAUCCCUUAUUAUAAUGGAAUUACCAAGUUUUCUGUAUCAAGGCUGCAAAGAUCAACAGAAACGUUGAAGUCUUAAUUAUGUUUUCAACCCAAGAAAAUAAAAUUCAACAGAUAUUAGAUUCAAGGAA